AUGUUUCGACCGGAGACAAAGACACCCUAUCCAAUUCAAAUGAAAAUACUUACCACGAUACUAAAAGCAUUGGAGAAGAAAGAAAAUGUAUCGAUAGAUUCGCCGACGGGAUCGGGCAAGUCAUUAGCCUUGAUCAAUGCAGCGAGGUGCUGGAUUUCGAAGAAUCCGACCACUAGCGUCGUGUAUUUCUGUUCUCGGACUCACGAGCAACUCUAUCAUAUUACAAACACCGUUCGACAGGUGGAUUCUACGAUUAACACGGCAAGGCUCAUGGGCAAGGAAAAGUUAUGUCUUUACAAGAAUCCUCAUGGAAUGGGUAACAUGGCAUGCCUCUGUAAUACCGUGAAAAAGAAAUCUUGUAUGUAUUUUGCGAAUAUUGGUAAAGUAGAGCACCCGAAAUCUGCGUCCUCAAUCAUCGAUAUGGAAGAUUUAGUAAAUCAAUGUUCUACUUUAAAGAUUUGUCCUUAUUAUACUGACGUAAAUUAUACGAAGAAGGCUCGUAUACUUUUGUGUCCAUAUAAUUAUAUUCUGGAUCCAUUUAUUCGAAACUCAAUGGACAUAUCGUUGACAGAUUCACUCGUAAUUAUAGACGAAGCUCACAACAUUGAAAAUGUUUGUCGCGAGAGUUUUUCUUUCGAAGCUUCGUGUAGUACGAUGGAAAAUUUCAAACAUAGCGUGCAACCUGGCUCUGCCAUAUACAUUAUGUUUGUUAAUUUGCUCAAAAUGAUAAAGCAAAUUAAAUUGCGCUCACAAAGAGACAGAGAUUACGUUAUGACAGGAACUGAAUAUUUGGAACUACUUCGUAAGUACAUAACCGUAGAUGUCAUACCUCCGGAAAAGGACGAAAAAAUUAUUCGCUUCAUGGACAAAUUUACGGCAAACAUUAAUCUCAUAACAGAGUACGAUUUCGAAGGAUUUAGGGUCGUAGUCUCUGGUGACAAAUUUAGAGUCAUUUGCCUCGAUUCUCGUUAUGCAAUGGAAUCUGUUGCAAAGAACACUCGCACUAUAGUUUUGGCUUCGGGUACUCUAUCUCCCACGACUUCGUACGAGGCGGAGCUUGGUUUAAAAUUUAAACAUAAAAUAAUUGGAAAUCACGUCGUUCCACCAGAAAAUGUGCUCAUAAAAAGAAUUUCACAUUCACUGAACGGUAAAAGGUCUUUGAGGCUUACCUAUAAUGCAUACAACGACAUUCGCAUAGUUUCCGACAUUGGAGAAUUGUUAAUUAGUGUGUGUCAAACUAUGAAACUUAGCGAAGUUGGCGCUUGUGGCGGUGGAGUUCUCUGUUUUUUUCCGUCUUAUCAAGCAAUGUCGAAAUGUAUCGAAAUUUGGAAGACGGCGAUGGACGACGUUUGGAAGUCUCUCAUGCGAGAGACGAACGGUUGCAUCUACGUCGAAGACCCGCUGCGCAACACCAUCAAUGGCUACAUCGAAUCCAUCGCCUGCGGUGAAGUGUCUCUAAUGUGUGCGGUGCAUCGCGGACGCAUAAGUGAAGGAAUCGAUUUCAGCGACAACUUAGCCCGUGCCGUGAUCUCUAUAGGCAUUCCGUUUCCAUCGACGCAACAGGAGGACGUGCAUUUCAAGAUGAAGUUCAACGACGCUCGACAACCACAACUUCUCGACGGACGGCAUUGGUACCAGAUACAAGCCAUGCGUGCAGUCAACCAAGCAGUGGGUCGUUGUAUUCGUCAUUCUAAAGACUGGGGCCUCAUACUCCUCGUGGAUCAUCGUUUCUUCCAGAAUGAAAUUUGGAUCGGGAUGUCCGACUGGAUCAAGUGCAUUGAGAAGCAGCAAUCAAUUCACCAGCGCAACAGCACAGCCAUCGUGGAGGAAUUAUCUAUUUUUUUCAAAAAUAAAUAA